CAGCCUCGUUCGAAAGGCCAUUUCAUCAAUGGGGUACCUCGCACGCUAGACAUCAAUUUGGAUCCACGAUGGCAUCUCUUGAGGCUCGCAACAGUGAUUUUAAUCAGGAGACAUGGGAUCAAUUGCGAAAAUUAUGCUGCAAGCCUUCCGACCCAGCUGGAGUCAUCUCCGAUGAACAGUUUGAAAGCAUCGCAGCAUGUCUGAGGUGUCUAGAGAAUCACGAUGCUAGCUAUCGACCUCGAACCUAUGCCAUUCUCCAUAUGAACAGAGUUGACUUAUUGAUUUCGUUUGUUGUUGCUGGCCUUCUGGACAAUUCUCUUCCAUACCCGGACCGCAAAUCAUUACCUCCACUGAUGCGAGGAGAGCACGAUGCCUGUUCUCUGUUUCUGGAACUACAAACACAUGUUACUUCAGCGGCAUGCCACAAGGAGAAGGGGUUGAAUAGUAAACAUAUGCUAGUGGAAUCAGGGGAUAAUUUCUUGGACACACUAGGGAGGCUUGGCAAAGGAGGAGAGGCGUGUGUAUUACCAAGAUAUAGCCUUUGAAAAAAAAAAGCUAAUCAUGGUGAUAGCAAGGUCGAUAGGGUUCGGAGCAGGAUGACAAAACAAGAGUACGCGCGCAAGAGAUUUUUCAUCGACAGAGAGACCUGAACGGAGGAAAGAGGAUUCUGAAAGAAUUUGAGAAUGAACUCCAAAUACUCAGAAAACUUGACCACACUCACCUCGUGAAAGUUUUUGCUUCAUACACCGACAAGAAAUAUCUCGCCAUCCUUAUGAAACCUAUAGCUGACCAGGAUCUGAAGCGAUAUCUCCUAGAUUAUGGCGGUAAACCGCUUAUUGGAUCAGAAAGAGAACGUUUCCGAACCUAUUAUGGUUGCCUUACAAGCGCAGUAGCCUACUUGCACGAGAAUAAUAUUCGUCACAAAGAUAUCAAACCCAACAAUAUAGUUUUGAAACGAGAUGAAAUCUAUAUUACAGACUUCGGAACCGCAAUCGAGUUCGACGACGAUAAGAGUGUGACUAAAGGAACCGUCAAGGCAAGGACUGUCGGUACCAAAGUCCUGAGGUUUCUCGUGGUCUUCCCAGAGGAAAGCCAUCUGAUCUCUGGUCCCUAGGAGUUACCUUUUUGGAAAUGACCACCGUCCUUCGUGGCCAGUCUCUGGAUGACAUGCAAACUUUCUUGACGCAACAUGGAACAGGCGAGAAGUACGUGUUUGGAAACAUUCAAGGCGCCGUGAAAUGGAUGGAGUUCCUCAGCAGAACGGUACAAUCCCAAGCCGACAAUUCUCCAAUGCAAUGGAUGAAAGAUAUGCUCGAGGAAAAGGCGAAAGAUAGACCCCGACUGCACCUGAUUUAUUUCAAAGCAUUAAGCAAGCUGCAGAUGGCAUGUUCUGUAACAAAUGCUGUCAUUCCGAUGGGUCAUUUGAGUCCGACACAUCCUCAGACUGCGAAAAUUCGGACUUCGAAAAGGAUGACAAAACGAUACGACCAGCUUUCAUAAGUACCCCGGACUCAAAUAACGAUAAUAAACCCCAAACUGGUCAUCCAUCAGGCGAAGGAUUGUCAACGCUAGAAAUUGCGGUUGACCCUGUCAAAGGUACUCAACCGUAUAGCCGUUCACCACUUCAUAAGCAAGCAUUCAAACUGUUAUAUUCUUACUUUUCAGGUUCUAGUAUACCAGCAGCAGACGAGUCCCUACCCGGCACAGAAACGCAAAGGUCAAAUACGCAUAGUCCUGUUGCGCUCAGCACGCCCCCUUCAACCGUGCAAGAAGAUGCUGCCAUGGUCCGGGUCACCAGCUUUAUACCACCCGCACGAAUGCAGCUUACCGGGGCAUUCCCAGAAUUUGCCUCUUCUGAAAGUCUAUCCCAUUGUUUACUAUCUGAGCCAGUAGAUGCAAGACAAGGGGUAGAAAGGGCAAUUGAGUUUGUUAACGAUCAGCCAAUCGAAUUCGAAUCUUCGCCUGAUACCAUCCCCGAGUUGGACACAAGCUUGAAUGUGUCAUCAGCAUCAUUGCCUGCAGAACAUAAUCAAGGCUCUUUCAAAUGCUAUGCGUCCCCUUCCUGUGUUCUUUUUGAAGAAUCAGUAGCGGUAGAGGAUUCUUUAUACAAUCCACCUGAGAAUGCUAUCGCCCAGAUCCAGGCGCCUUCAAAUCUCCCUCUUUCGGAAUUACAGAACCUACUAUCACAAAACAAUAGACGACUCUCUCUCGAACCAGAAGUGAUGAAAGUCUUCAAAUACAACAGAAAACCAACGCCCUACUGAGUGAUGUGGAAGCAUACGGUGAAGAUGCACCUACCCACUCCCGAAGUAGAAGAUUCAGCCUUGAACGUCGUCAUGGGAUUGUCUCGUAUGUCGCAAGCGAGUUUGAUAUUGAUAAAGUGAGAAAAUGGAAGUCAGAGCUGGACGAUUUGGUCAAUGCUACCUACCCACCAAUCUCGCCUCCUAUUCUCAACGACAUGACGCCGGAGACUCGCCAUUCACUACGGAGUAAGACUAAGCGAGCAAAAAGCGAGAAGUCAACUACCAGCUUCAGUAACCAAAAAAGCCGAGUGGAUGAGCCCAAGGCAUUCUUAGACCCAGAUCAUUCCGAAGAAAUUGUCGAAGAAAUGAGGAGCACCUCAAAAUUGACUAAACGACCAGCGGUCGACCUUUCUUCAUCACCCAAAAUAGUCCUGGUGUCGCGUCCGAAGACCAAUCCUCUGAAGGGCUGGUUUUCACAAGCACGCUCGCCUUCAGAGGCUUAUAAACCCACCGCUCACACCAGCGAAAAUCUCUACUUUCUCAACAGCCAAACGAGUUCACGCAAGCAGAAAGCCCAUCCUACCUUCAAAAUCAAAAGCGCCAGCGUGUACAUGAAACAAGUCUACAAUGACGCCGCUUCCAGUGUAGCGACCUCAGUCAUGUCCACAAACACGAGAAAAUCAAUGAAGCUAUACGGCCUGAUGCUGCCACUUCAAGAUCGCUCUAGCAAUUUCCUAGAACGAUACACAAAAGCCGGCAAAGCAGAUGUAGUCCGCAUGCUUCUCCGGGAAGGUUGUACUGUGAAAAAACCUCGCCCUGCUCCGAUCUUUCACACGGUGCGUGGUGCGAGCUCUCGACAUACUAAAUGCCUAAGAGCCUUGAUCCAACAUAAAGUUGACACCAACGUACGCGCACGCUCAACCAGAAAGACUCCCUUGAUAGAAGCUAUCGAGCAAGAGGCUUGGUCAGGAUAUGUCAACGUGAUAUUCUUGCUUCUAGCAGCCGGUGCCAACCCCAACGCGAAAGAUGGAGCAGGCGAUGUGGCACUUCUAAAAGUGCUGGGAGCUGGACAGAAACCCCUCGAAGAAAAUCGCCAUGCAGCUUUAGCUUUACUCCUUUCCACAGCUUACGAUACCAAUAUGAACGUGACGCCUUUGGGAACUGGCAACAAUCCCCUCCAUCUAGCCAUUCGUCGCGUAGAUCCCUGGGCUCUCGGUAUGCUGCUCGAAAAAGAUAGUACCCUUAUAGAAGCCAAGAAUUCCGAAGGUCUUACGCCGCUAUCGCUCGCUUGCUCUGCGUGGACUUCAACCAUCACUCCUGGCCAACUCGAGAUUCUGGAUGUUUUACUCGAGAAGAAGGCAAACGUCAACGUAAACAUCACAGCUAGGGCCAAAACACCUUUACAUACAGCUGUUUCUCUGGGUCUGGUUGAUGCCGUCGAAAGAUUGUUGAAGAAUGGUGCCGAUCCACUGAAGCGGACGAGAGACGGCGAGACAGCUCGCGAUAUGGCCAAGGAGAGGAGGAAACAGCAUGGU